AUGCAGUAUGUGCCGAUACGCAUUGCAGCGUUGAACGCUGCGGCGACGGCCGCGGACGAGUCACAGGACCCACUGAGGAGCAGCAAGAGUCAGACCAAAGAAGCUCAGGUACAGGAGGAGGAGUCACCGAGUUAUCAGGCCCUGCCGUCGGAGGACCAGAGAGUGGGUCUCAAACACCCCGGCCUCAUGUUGAAAUACUCCACUUUCAAAAACCUGGCCAGUAUGGCCGCCUCACGGGACGACCUGGAGACCGCCAUGGAGUUUUACUUGGAGGCUGUCAUCCUGGAUUCCACCGACGUCAACAUGUGGUGCAAAAUUGGUCAGUUGGCCGUGCGACUGCUUCGCAUCCCUCUGGCCCGACACGCCUUCGAGGAAGGACUGCGCUGUAACCCCGAUCACUGGCCCUGCCUGGACAACCUGAUCACCGUUCUCUACACCCUGAGCGACUACACCUGCUGCUUGUACUUCAUCUCCAAAGCCUUGGAGAAGGAUCACUGCUACUCCAAGGCCCUGGUCCUGAAGGAGAAGAUCUUCAAGGAGCAGCCGUGUCUGCAGAAGGACACGGUGCAGAUGUUCACCAAAUGCGACAUGUCCAUCCACUAUGUGGAGGUGGACGAGGAGGAGCGCGACACCAUCCUGGAGGAGGCGCUGAACCUGAGAAAACGCAGACGGGCCCUUUCUCACUGCGAUCCCAAGCCCGACCUGAGCUUGACGCAGCCCAUCUGCCGUCUGUCGUGGAAGAACGUGGGCGAGUGCCUUCUCGCCAUGUACCGACACCUGACCACCUGCGAGCCGCCGCGUCCCAGCCUGGGCCGCAGGGUGGACCUGUCGGACUACUCCGACCCCAACUUCCCGAAGAACCUCCCUCAGCCCGGCAGUCCAAUCAGCACGAGCCAGACCCCGGCCCCCAGCAGCAGCCCCAGCUCCUCCCUGCCUCCGGUGCUCCUCUCCGAGCCGAUCAUCCUGACCAACCAGUCGAUCAUCACCAGUCAGAACACGGUGGAGAUCAGCAGCUCGGCUCCCCCUGUUGCAGCAGCGGCGGCGCCGGACGUGUCGCUGACGGACAAACUGAAGAGAGCGCCCAAACGGAAACGCUGCCUGGACGACGGCGGUGGCGGCGGCGAGACGGCCAAGAGGCGCUCGGCGCGCGUGAGGAACACCAAGUGCAAGAAGGAAGAGAGGGUGGAUUUCCAGGAACUGCUCUUCAAGUAUCUGCCCUCCAGACUGAAAAAGUUCGACCCCGACUUGGACGACGAGAGUCUGAGCAAUCUGGACGCUCCGUCGGACGCUCCGUCGGACGUCCAGCCUCUACGGGGGAGCUGUUCCCCGGCGGAUGUUGACUUCAUGGAGACGGAGCAAGACGACGUGCACAACUUCCUGCUGGGAAACGCGAACAACGGCGGCGUGCUGGACCUGAUGCUGCAGUACCUGAAGGCGGUGGGUCAGAGGUUCACGAAGGACUGGCCUCAGGGACUGAGCGCCGUCUUCCUGGACGUCUACCAGACCUGGAGGAGACACAGCAGCGGUCUCCCGAACCCUCUGGUCUGGGACUGCAGCAAGAAACACAUGAGGGAAAUGAUGGGGAUGAGUCUGGCCUGUAUGGAGUUGGAGUUGGAGAAAUGGUUGCUGAAAAAGACGGGUGAGUGUCGGACGUCUGGUCCCCCUAUCGGCUGUGGACGUUACCGUCUCCGUCCAUGUCCCCGACAGGGGGACAUGGACCUGGCGCUGGAGAGCUACGACGUGUGCACCGAGCUGCUGCAGACCAAACCAAAAUCCUCCGAGGGCACGCGCUACACCAUCGUCCUGCCCAACCUGCGCCUGGACGCCGCCAUCUCCGUGGAGGAGAUCGAGAAGCGGCUCAAGUCCCUGGAGCGCUGCCAGUCCCUGGAGGAGAUCCAGCGGCUCUUCGAGGCCGCCGACUUCGAGGCCGUGGUGCGGCUGCUGCAGCCCACCCUCGGUUACGGCGGCGGCGGCGGCAGGAGCAAACCGCUGGAGUUCGUGAGCUCGGCGCCCGAGCGGCCCGCGCAGCUGAUGCUGCUGCAGGACUCGCUCCUGAAGAAGCGGGACUACCGGCAGUGCCUGGAGUGCAGCGAGGUGGCGCUGAACGAAGCCCUGCAGCAGCUGGGCGCCGCGGCGCGCGACGCCCCGCCCGGCAAGGACGAGUGGGCCGGCACCGUCGCCAAACUCCUGGACGGCAUCGAGGACUGCUUCGCCGCCGACCCGGACCUCCUGAAAAAGGUCCCGCACUUCUCCAGCAUGGCCCGUCUCGCCAACAACCUGAUUCAGGUGAGGGACGGGGGGGUCCAAGUCCUGCAGCAGGAGUUCUCCGCUCUCUCCUCCGCCGCCGACUCCCAUCCCUACAAGGAGGAGCUGGAGACGGCUCUGGAGCAGUGCUUCUUCUGCCUCUACGCCUACCCCAGUAAGAAGAGCAAGGCCCGCUACCUGGAGGACCACUCCUCUCCACAGGUGGAGCUCCAGUGGACGGACGCUCUCUUCAUGUUCCAGUACUUUAAGCCCAAGUCGCUGCCGGAGUUCGACAGCUACAAGACCAGCACGGUGUCGGCGGAGGUGGCCAACCUGCUGAGGAGGUUCGCCGGAAUCGCGCCCCUGGGCGACACCCCCAUGCUCCCCGUGGACGAGGUGGCAGCUUACAUCGAGGGCAUGACGGAGAAGACUCCGUGCCUCCCUGAAGGUGGCGCCGCUGCCCCCCCCAUCAUCAACGAGAUGUUCUACCUGAUCGCUGAUUACCACUUCAAGAACAAGGAGCAGUCCAAGGCCAUCAAGUUCUACAUGCAGGACAUCUGUGUCUCUCCCAACAGGUUCGACUCCUGGGCCGGCAUGGCUCUGGCCCGGGCCAGCAGGAUCCAGGAGAAGCUGAACUCCAACGAGCUGAAGAGCGACGUCCCCGUGUGGAAGCACUCGGAGGCCGUGCUGAACUGCUUCAAGAGGGCGCUAGAGAUCGACGCCUCCAACCUGUCGCUGUGGAUCGAGUACGGCACCAUAUCGUACUCCCUGCACUCGUUCGCGUCGCGCCAACUCAAGCAGUGGCGCGGCGAGCUGCCGCCGGACGUGGUGAAACAGAUGGAGGAGCGGAAGGACUCCAUGUUGGAGACGGCCUUCCGGUGUUUCCAGGGGGCGUCCCGCUGCGAGGGCGACAGCGACGAGGAAGAGUGGCUCAUCCACUACAUGCUGGGGAAGAUCGCAGAGAAACGCCGGCGCCCCCCGGUGGAAUAUUUACAGCUGUACAAGAAGGCCGCCCACUAUUUGCACGAAGAAGCCGCCAGAUACCCCCGAAAAAUCCACUACCACAACCCCCCGGAUUUGGCCAUGGAGGCGUUGGAGCUGCACUUCCGUCUCGGCGCCACCAUCCUGAAACUGCUGGAGGCGUCCGCCGAGCCCGAUCCCUUGGAUCACGAACUUCUCUUCUCGCUGCUGGUGGACGCCGCGUCGGGACCGUUCGCGUUGGGGGAAGAGAAGAGCAUGCCUAGCAUGCCCCGCUCCGGCGACAAGGAAAAACCGUCCUCCAUGACGGACGACGACUUCAACUGCUCCUCGGCCUGCGUCGGGAACCUCCUCCUCCUCGCCGCCGCCUCCUCCUCCUCCUCGCCGCCGCCGUCCGUCGCCACCGCAGGUCUGCCGUGCGCUUACGCGGCCGCGCCGUUUGACCACGAUUACGCCAAAUGCAAAACGCUCCGACGGCAGCAGUGGCAGGACAAGCGGCACGAAGAGCGGCAGGCCGAUGCCUCACCAGAGUUUGACCAUGAUUACUGCCUGCCCAGGUCUUCAAUGUGGCUGGCAUCCCUGAAUGAGCGGAGUCGGGACAGCGAGGUGGUGAUGCUCUCCGACUCCAACUCCACUCAGGACCUAGCCUUCACCGAUCCCACCAAUUCGCAGGACAGCAGCCACAAAGCGGCGUCCGGGAAGGUUAGCUCGCUGUCCUCGGAGAGUACGACGCCGGUCCGGGCUGCGCCCCACGCGUCUGAUGACACGGCAUCUCGCGGCGAACACGCUACCCUCCCUCCCGACGAGAAAAUCAUCCAGGAGCUGGACAUCACACCGGUCGGCGAGGGCAGCAGGAAAGCGGAGCUCCCCCCGGAGGCGACGGAGAUCCCCGAGGCGCUGCCCGCGGACCGCGCCGACCAGCGUCGGAUGCUGGUGGAGCUGUGCGUCCGCGCCUUGUUCCGAUGUCUGGGCCGCUUCCCGCAGCACUACAAGAGUCUGUACCGUCUGGCCUACUUCUACAGCAACAGUCGGACGCACGUGAACCUCCAGUGGGCUCGCGACGUGUUGCUAGGAAGCAGUAUCCCAUGGCAACAGCUCAAGCACAUGCCGGCGCAAGGACUUUUCUGCGAACGCAACAAGACCAACCUGUUUAACGGAAUCUGGCGAAUCCCAGUCGACGAGAUUGACCGCCCGGGGAGCUUUGCGUCGCAUAUGAACAGAUCCAUCGUCCUCCUGCUGGAGGUGCUGUCUCACCUCAAGGAUCACGACACGUUGCUCAAAGUCUCCUUGAUGCUACAGCGAACUCCCGAUCAGGGAAAGAAAUAUUUACGCGAUGUCGAUCGGCAACUGUUGGCCAAGAGAGCGUUUUCCUUCACUGUAAACGUCCUGGAGGACAAUCUGGACCGUCUCACCGGGGUGUCGCAGCCGUCUUCCGCUACGUCCAUGACCACGACGGACGCGUCCGCCAGACCCGGCUCGGAGGACGGUUCGAAGAAGCUCGCCGAAGCGGGCGGUAAUCCUCAAAAUCCGGCGGAAACUCCGGCGCCGAAAAUUCCGCCGGCGUCGGUGUCGUCGUCGGCGUCGUCCACUAGGAGGAGUUCUUCUUCGGUUCUCCAGGAGGCGCCGGACGAACCCAUGGAGACAGAAGCGGGUCACUUCGGAUUUAACGACGCUAACGACGCUAACGAGCAUCAGGGUAAACGAACGCUAGGAGCCGUCGGCGGAGUCGUAUCGGAAUCGGAGUCGCCGACGACGACGCCGAAGGCGACCGACGUCGGAAGGACUUCGGAACUCUCUCUGGAGGAGCUAAGCAUCAGUUCCAGGCAGCAGCUAGCGUCGUCGGCGCUAGCGGGGUCAAAGGUCACCGAAGUUGACCCGGCGGCGACGCUACGCCGACCGAACAGGAAGCGUAAACUUCUGGAAGACGCCGAGUCCGGGAAGACGCUGCUGCUCGACGCCUACAAGGUCUGGCAGCAGGGUCAGAAGGUCAUGACCUACGACCUGGCCCGGGUCGAGAAGAUCAUGUCGGAAACGUACAUGUUGAUAAAGCAGGUCAGUACUGCAGUACCGCCACAAGGGGGGGGGAGAAUGUAUACGGUGAAGUAUAUGAUGGUGUAAAAGGUGUUUCCCGAA